GAGACGGGGAGCGGCGCCGCGUGCAGCGCGCGCGGCGGCGGCGGCGAGGGUUUCGCCGUUUCGCGCCGCGCCGCGCCGCCUUCUCUUCAGUCUUAGCUUUCUCGGCGGCGCGGGGUGGGGGUGGGGGAGGCAGCGGAAUCGCCGGCUUCCAUCCGCCACGGGUAGCCCUCGGCCUCGCUCCUUCCUCCCCCCCCACGCGGCCACGCCGUCGGCGACCGCUUAAACCCCCGCGAUGAGGCGGCUGCCGAAAUCGCUCCUCCUCGCGUCGCUCUCCAAGCCCUUGCUCCGCUGCAGCCGGGAGCCCGUCCCGCUCCCGCUGCUUCGGCCGCCGCCUCCGGUCCAGCGGAUCCUCCCCUUCGCCGCCCGAGCCCUAAGCGCGCCGGCCGCUCCUCCCGAGGUGGCGCCGGCUGCCCAACCCAACGGCCUUGAGUUAAUGCAGGCCGCCGAGCUCCGGGAGGCAGCGGACGACCACCAGGAGGCUUUCGCCCUCGCCAUCAGGGCGCUCCAGCCGCUGCAGGCGUCCCACGGCGGCUGGUCGCUCCCCGUCGCGCGCACCCUCCGCCUCGCCGGCGCCGCCGCGUCCCGCCUCGGUCGCCUCAGCGACAGUCUCGACUCCCUCAACGCCGCGGCGGAUAUCGUCGAUGCCAUGGAGAGCGGGAACGCGGAGGUCGCCACGGUUGGCGCCGCUGUGCACGAGCAGCUCGCGCGCACGAAGACGGCGAUGGGGCGUAGGUGGGAUGCGGUGUCCAACCUCAUGCGCGCCCUGGAGCUGAAGGCCGUGCUCCUGGACCAAGGGAGUGUGGAGUUGGGGAACGCUUACAAGGAUGUUGCUGAGGCCUACACAGGCGUACUGGCCUUUGAGAAAGCGUUGCCGUUGUGCCAUAAGGCGUUGGAGAUUACCCGCAAUCAGUUUGGAGGAGAGUCCCCUGAGGUGGCUAAGGUUCGGCAGCUUCUCGCGACUGUCUAUGUUGGAUUAAAUCGAAAUGACGAGGCAUUGGAGCAGAAUGAAAUAGUUAGGAUGCUUUAUGAGAAGCUGGGUUUGGAUGUGGAGCUUUCUCUGGUUGAAAUUGAUGUGGCUAGCGUGCUAAUUUUGUUGGGGAGAUCCGAGGAGGCAAUGGAUGUCCUCAAGAAGGUGAUCAAGCGGGCUGGGAAAGAGAGUGAAGAGCGUGCACUAGCAUUUGUUGUGAUGGCAAGUAUUUUGUGCAUCCAGGACAGGUCUGCUGACUCAAAGCGUUGCUUAGAGAUUGCUCGUGGGAUUCUUGACAUGAAGGUUUCUGUGAGCCCUGGGCGGGUUGCUCAGGUGUAUGCAGAGAUGUCGAUGUUGUUUGAGUCAAUGAUAGAAUUUGAGGUCGCAUUGUGUUUGAUGAAGAAAACACUUGCGUUUCUCAAUGGCGUCUCUGAGAUGGAGCACAUUCAAGGGAGCAUAUCAGCUAGGAUGGGGUGGCUUCUUCUGAAGACAGAGAGAGUUGACGAGGCCGUUCCAUAUCUGGUGACCGCAAUUGAAAAAUUGAAGAACUGCUUUGGUCCGCUGCACUUUGGAUUAGGGUUUGCUUAUAAGCAUUUGGGAGAUGCUUAUCUUGCCAUGGACCAACCACAGCCAGCUGUAAAGUAUUUUACUAUUGCAAAGGACAUAAUUAAUGCUACAUAUGGGCCAAAACAUGAGGAUUCUAUUGAAGCCAUCCAGUGCCUUGCAAAUGCAUAUGGGGUGAUGGGGAACUACAAGGCGGCAAUGGAUUGCCAAGAACAAGUAGUAGAUGCUUACGAAAGCUGUGGCCCUGGUGCUUUAGAGGAUCUCAAAGAAGCUCGUAGGCUUCGGUAUCAGCUAAAAUUGAAAGCACGAGGUUUACCUCAUGCAGUCUUCCCUGCCAACUCAUUGCCAACUAAAUUCCAAAACCGAGAAUAGUGCUUCUCUCAUCAAUGCCCACAAUUUAGAUUAUUCAAUGGUAAAUUACUUUUUUAUUUUUAAGUUUCCCUGAGGUUUUAGUACUAAUGUUAUGUACUCUGCUAUGGGACUAGAUGCAUUGACUACAUCAAAUGAUCAAAAUCCUUUUUUGUGAGUUAGUCAAUGAUUAUUUCUGCAGUAAACAUGGCCACAUGGGCAUGAUGGUCUUUCUGGUAUUAUAAAUCAAGUAAUUAGCUGAGAAUUGAAGGUGCUACUAUCAUAACUACAGCUGAUGUAUGUAUACUACAGAAGCAAGCACCUGAACUUGCUAAAGUUAUAUCUAGUAUGCAUAUGCCUUCACAAUAAUGUUUUCAUGGUAUGGUUUACUUCAUUCAGCUACUAUUUAACAAAUUAUGGUUAAAUUGGCUA